CUCUUGAAUUAGAUUGGAUCCAAUCGGCGCACUGCCAAUCAAAUUUGGCCCACAUGCCUGUGCUGGUCUGGCCCCUGUUAACAUGCAACGAAUUCCUUCGCUCCCCCAGAAAAAAAGUGCCCCUCGAGCCUGUGCGACUUGCACCGACUUCGAGAGGAGACGCAACAUCAGGCCAGCCUCAAUGUGUCCAUGGCGGAGAACUAUCCUACUCUCGCGCAAUGCGCGAUAGUGGCUUCGGCCUUCAAAAUCCUUCUAUUCCCAGCUUACAAAUCAACAGACUUCGAAGUUCAUCGCAAUUGGCUGGCAAUCACCAACAGCCUCCCUCUCUGGGAGUGGUACUACGAGAAAACCUCGGAAUGGACCCUUGAUUACCCACCUUUUUUCGCCUACUUCGAAUGGAUCCUCUCCCAGGUAGCGAAGCUGGUAGACCCGGCCAUGCUUCGCAUCUACAAUCUUGAGUACGACAGCUGGCGGACUGUUUACUUCCAGAGGUUUACCGUCAUUAUAACCGAGUUGCUUCUCGUAUAUGCGCUGCAGAUGUUCGUGGACUCAUCAAGGGGCGGUUCGAAGCGUGCAGCGCAAGCCGCAGCGAUCUCUGUCUUGCUCUCUCCGGGGCUGCUGAUCAUCGACCACAUACAUUUCCAAUAUAACGGUUGCAUGUAUGGCAUCCUAAUCGCGUCACUCGUCUUGGCCCGAAAGAAGUCAACCUUGCUUGGAAGUGGGCUCAUUUUUGCGACCCUGUUGUGCAUGAAACACAUCUACCUAUACCUGGCGCCGGCAUAUUUCGUUUUCCUGCUUAGGGUCUACUGUCUAUCGCCCAAGUCCGUCUUCAGGAUUCAGUUACUGAACUGCAUCAAACUGGGAGCAGGGAUAGUCGUAAUCUUCGGCAUCGCUUUUGGCCCUUUCGCGUUGAAGAAGCAGAUCCCUCAGAUCCUCAGCAGGCUCUUCCCCUUUGCCCGGGGGCUAUGCCAUGCGUACUGGGCGCCAAAUGUCUGGGCCAUGUACUCCUUCAUGGACCGAGUGCUGAUCCUUCUGGCACCACGGAUGGGUCUGUCUGUCAAGGCUGAUGCUCUGCAGAGCGUUACACGUGGCCUCGUCGGUGACACCUCCUUUGCCGUGUUGCCGGAUAUCAGCCCGAGGAUGUGCUUCCUCUCGACACUUGUACUUCAGGCCAUCCCCUUGCUCAAGCUCUUCUUCCAGCCAACUUGGGACAACUUCGUCGGGGCGGUGACGCUCUGUGGCUACGCAUCCUUCUUAUUCGGCUGGCACGUCCACGAAAAGGCUAUCCUGCUGGUCAUCAUACCUUUCAGUCUCAUUGCGCUGAAAGACCGCCGCCACCUCAGCGCCUUCCGGCCACUGGCAGUUGCGGGCCAUGUGUCGCUGUUUCCCCUGCUCUUCACGCCGGCGGAAUUCCCGAUCAAGACCGUCUACACGGUCUUCUGGCUGAUGUUAUUCCUCAUGGUGUUUGACCGCCUGGCACCGGCGUCCAACAGUCGGCGAUUUUUCCUCGACAGAUUCAGCACCUUCUACAUCGCAGUCAGCAUCCCCUUGAUCCUGUACUGCUCGAUGAUCCACAGGAUUGUUUUCGGGAAGCGCUAUGAAUUUUUGCCCUUGAUGUUUACCAGUUCAUACUCGGCGAUAGGGGUUGUGGGCAGCUGGGUGGGCUUCCUCGUCGUCUACUUUACGUCGUAGACGGGUUGAACCCAAAUAUGGCGGGGUAGAGAGGCAUAUUGGGCAUCCAGCUAGCUCUUGCCAUGUAUUUCAACCCAAAUACAAAGUAAUUACAAUAUUGUCUAACCUGGGUAAGGUCUUAGC